UCCUAGUUGAUAAUGCAUCUGAGGAUGAAGAUCUCUUCAUGAGAGAAAUGGCAGCUCCAAUGAAAGAAAAAUUUGACAAAUAUUGGGGUGAGUGUAAUUUACUUAUGACAAUUGCUAGUGUUUUAGAUCCUAGGUGCAAAUUUCAUAUUGUUGAUAUUUGUUUUCCCAUGAUAUACAAACCUGCGAAAGUUGCCAAAAUGAUAGAGAAGGUAAGAAGUUCAUUGAAAAAUUUAUAUGAUGAAUAUGUGUCUUUGAGUAUUCAAGAGUCAUCCUCUGCGACUGAGAAUGCAAAUGGUGGUGGUAACAAUCCAACAUCCUCAUCUGAACCUAGAUCUUCAUUCACUGGAUUUGACCAAAUUAUGAAUCUUGUGCGUGAAAAGGAAGCGGUUCCUCCAAUGAAAUCAGAACUGCAAGCUUAUUAUGAUGAAGGUGUCUAUGUUCCAGAUGGUGAUGGUAACUCAUUCAACGCAUUGGACUGGUGGAGGAAUAAUAACUUUAAAUAUAAGGUCUUGUCGAAGAUGGCUGCAGAUAUAUUAGCUAUACCCAUCUCUACUGUGGCAUCAGAGUCUACAUUUAGUGCAGGAGGGCGAGUUAUUGAUGAGUAUCAUUCUAAAUUGAACGAUGAAUCUAUUGAAGCACUCAUUUAUGGUGGGGAUUGGCUGCGUCAUAAGUACAAUUUGAUGAAGAAGGCAAAGGUGGAUGAAAGACAUGCGGUGAUCAACUUGAAGAUCUGAUGCAAUGAUGUCAUUCUUGAAGUUGAGGCUGGUUAUGAAGGAAACAAGUAGAUCAAUAUAAAGAUGUGAUGUUUUUUCAUUGAGAUUGUUUUGAUGUUAUUUGUGUUGUCAACUAUAUUAAGUAUUGUGUCUGUUUGUGAGUUGUGACUCUAUUAUUG